CAUCGUUUCAAAAGUGACUACAACUCCGCAUGGCCCGGCGGCGUUUUGCCCUUAAUCGUUUUGCGUUUCAAGGCUUCUUCUCAACGCACCACACUCCCCCCUUCCUUCAUCGAACAAAACACACCCAUGGAUCCAGCCGUAUACUGUCCAACCUACGCACCAUUUUUCGGCUUUGCCGGCGUCUUUUCCGCUAUGGCAUUCAGCUCAUUAGGAGCUGCAUACGGUACAUCGAGAGCUGGCAUUGGUAUUGCUGGUAUCGGCCCCUUCCGUCCUGAACUCGUCAUGAAGUCUUUGAUUCCUGUUGUCAUGAGUGGUAUUAUUGCUGUUUACGGUCUCGUCGUGGCUGUCUUGCUUGUCGGUCAGAUGUCACCAACCUCCGGCUACUCUUUGUUCUCCGGAUUUGUUGCACUUGGUGCAGGACUAGCUGUCGGCGUUGGCGGUCUAGCUGCCGGAUAUGCCAUUGGCAUUGUCGGCGACUAUUGUGUUCGUGGAUAUGCGCGUGAAACUCGAUUAUUCGUUGCCAUGGUGCUUAUUCUGAUUUUCGCCGAAGUUUUAGGUCUUUACGGUCUGAUUGUUGCCCUGAUCUUGAACGCAAAAUCCGACAAUACAGUGUGUUAAACAAGAGUUGUACAUAUACCUGAUAUGCAUUGUACAGGUCGAAAUUCUUUCUACAUCUUUUCUUUUCUGAUAUUAGCAUAUGCAAAUUAAAGAUUGCCAAAAGAUUCGAUACCGUU